ACAGAUAAUGGUUCAUUUCUGCUGCUGGGACCCCUCAGAUGAUGGUGGGAGUAGAGCUUAGACCUUUGCUUUAGAUUAAUCCCCUCCUCUCGGAUAAAAACAUUUAUAAUAUUUAUGUUGGUUCUUUGAGCUGCAGUGCAAAUACGAAUUGUGAUGAGGACGUGGAGGUGUUUUAGACGACAAAAGGUGGCGUGUAUUGGAGUUAUUUGCUAUUCUUCUGGAAACGUUCACACCUGAUGUUCGACAUUUGUUUGAUAUAAACAGAUGAGAUUGUUUUGAGUAUUUACCUGGCAGCAACUCUUGUUAGUUCCCAUCAGGGGUAUUGACAUAAUGACGUGCUUGAAUUGUCGGCGUAUCUACACUGUAAUAAAUAUGGACAUUGUGUGGUAUUAAACAUAUACUUGUUUUGCGUUUAUCACUUGGUUGGGGGUCAUAUUGAUGUUAAGAUGAGAGUGGAGUCACAUUUACACCUGCAGAGAAGUUGUGUUUCAGACUUAGGUAGACAAUUGCUGGAUUGAUUUGUAUUCAAAAGAGCUUUAUUUGUUAUACAAGACAAGAGCUUGAGGUAAACGUUUUCUUGAAUCGCUUCUGUCUUUUGCUUUUAUUAUCUCAUUGGUACAUUUUCCCAGUCGUGGGGGAGUUCUCUCUGUGUGUGAGAAUGAAUGUAUGUUUUAUAAACCUGAAACGGGAUUCAAGAGGAUCUUGAUAUACUAGUUUUUACUGAAUUAGAAUGUGUACAGAACCAGUUGGUCAAUAAAAUCUGGACAAAGAGUGGCGAGUGAUGACGCAACUGAAGGACAGAUCAUAAACACUAUACUGUUGGUGGGGACAGCUUGGGACGCCAGGAGCCUGAGAUGGAGCCGGAACUGGAAACCACCACCACCUUGAUAUCGGACUCUCAUGACGAUGCGGAGCCCACGUACAUCAACAUCAACCGUCCGGUCUACGAUGAAGAGUUGAUCAGGUCACAGCUGUUUCACUGCAAGGAGAACACAAGUCUAAGGAGGAGGCUGAAGCAAAAGUUAAGGUGCACAUCAUCAAAGGCCAAAGCAGCAGUUCUGAGUUUCCUGCCCAUCCUCACCUGGCUUCCAGCGUAUCCGGUGAAAGAGUAUCUGUUCUCAGAUAUAGUGUCGGGCUUGAGCACGGGAGUCGUGCAGCUUCCUCAAGGUCUGGCCUACGCCAUGCUGGCUGCUGUGCCACCAGUGUACGGGCUGUACUCAUCCUUCUACCCUGUGAUGCUCUACACCUUCUUCGGCACGUCCAGACAUAUAUCAGUGGGAACCUUUGCUGUCAUUAGUCUGAUGAUCGGGGGAGUCGCAGUCAGGGAGGCUCCAGACUCCAUGUACUAUGUGCAUCCUGCCAACGGUACAAACAUGACCUCCUACCUGAAUGUGGAUGCGCGUGAUGCAAGAAGAGUCCAAGUGGCCGUGGUGCUCACAACGCUGGUGGGAUUCAUCCAGAUUCUGCUGGGAAUUCUCCGGUUUGGCUUUGUGGCCAUCUACCUCACGGCGCCUCUGGUGCGAGGUUUCACCACAGCAGCGUCCGUACACGUGGUGGUGUCUCAGCUGAAGUACCUGCUGGGGGUGAAGACGGAGCGCUUCAGUGGACCCCUCUCUGUUAUCUACAGCGUCAGGGAGGUUCUCGUGCACAUAGCCAGCACCAACAGCACCACUCUCCUCCUGGGCCUGGCCUGUCUCAUCUUCCUCUACAUAACCAAAGACCUCAAUGAGCGCUUCAAGAAAAAGCUGCCCAUUCCAAUCCCCGGGGAGAUAAUCAUAGUCAUCGUCUCGACGGGCGUCUCCUUCGGCAUGAAGCUUUCAGAAGACUACCAGGUGGACGUGGUUGGGAAUAUUCCCACGGGACUUCUGCCUCCUGUCAUCCCCGAGUUCUCACUGUUACCCAACUUGAUCACAGAUUCCAUCGCAAUAGCGAUCGUCAGCUUCUCAAUGGGGAUGUCUCUCGCCAAGACGUUUGCGCUUCAGCAUAACUACAGCGUGGAUGGGAACCAGGAGCUCAUCGCUUUGGGUCUGUGCAACUUCAUCAGCUCUUUCUUCCAAACCUUCACCGUCACCAGCUCCAUGUCCAGAAGUCUGGUGCAGGAGAGCACGGGCGGGAAAACGCAGAUCGCAGGGCUGCUGGGCUCUCUGGUGGUGCUGGUGGUCGUGGUGGCGGUUGGAUUUGUGUUCCAGCCUCUGCCUCAGACGGCGUUAGCUGCUAUUAUCAUGGUGAACCUGGUGGGGAUGUUCAAGCAGGUCAGAGACAUCCCCAACCUGUGGCGGACCAGCAAAAUAGAACUGGUGAUCUGGCUGGUGGCGUUCACGGCGUCAGUGUUGCUGGGUCUGGAUUAUGGGCUCUUGGUGGCCGUGGCAGCUGCUCUGCUCACUGUCAUCUACAGAACCCAGAGCCCUAAAAAAGCCAUCCUGGGCCAUGUGCCUGGCACUGGCCUGUACUUUGACAUCGAUGAGUAUGAAGAGGCAGCUGAGUGUGAUGGGAUAAAGAUUUUUCACUUCAACUCUCCCAUCUACUUUGCCAACAGCGACGCAUACGUGAGCGUGCUCAAGGAGAAGACAGGUGUGAACCCGGAACUCAUCCUGGCCGCCAGAGAAGCUCGGUCCAAACAGAAGGCCAAAGUCAGCUACCACCGGAAGUCACCAGAAGAAGAGGCCCCAGUGGAGGACAAGGAGCCAGGUGUGACUCACGAGAUUCUGUCCUUCAACCACGAGAAUGAAGACAUCAAAAACGGCGCCCUGCAGGGCAGACAACAGGAGGAGGAGGAGGAGGAGGAGGAGGAAGCGGAAGGCUUCCUGGAGGCUCUGGACACUGUCCACUCCAUCAUCCUGGACUGGACCUCCACCAGCUUCAUUGACUCAGUGGGAGCCAAAGCCAUCAAACAGGUGAUCAGAGACUUUGCAGAUGUGGACGUGCGAGUGGUCAUCGCCGGCUGCAGCAGGAGCCUGCUGUCUGAGCUCGACACGCUGCUGUUCUUCACCGACCCGGUAAGACUUGGCAUGAUCUUUCCAACCAUCCACGAUGCUGCCGUCUACUGUCAGCGAACUCCUCCACGCCGACGCUACAACCGCUGAGGGAAUGUCCUGACCAGCAGCAUAGUCUCAGAACUCCUGUCCAUUCUGGACCAAAAUUCCCGAGGCCUUAUUCGAAGACUGUUACACUUUCUCUGGGACAUAUCUGGAGCUCCUCAGAGUGCACAAAGUGACUUUCACUUUUUAAAUCUUGCUGACUUAGACAGCGUCGAUCAGAAGUGAAGCUUUUUAGCCACUGCUGCCAGAAGAUAGAGGGCGAUGUAGAUCCCUCAGAAGGAGAGGCAGUGCAACACGUGAUCUAUGUGUGUGUGUGUCCAUUGCGUGACUUUUGUGUAUUUCAGGAAAUUAUUUGUGUUACCAGUAAUGUGUCCAAAGACUUGUUACUGAAAGGUCAGACAUGUCCUCAGGUUACCAGCAAAGUUACUGUCAAUCAGUGUUUUCAAUCAUGUGACUGAAGUUUUAAUCAUAGACGUUCCAGAGGGGAAUAAACUUUUAUUUUCACGUGAACAAAACAAAAACACCUGGACUUCUUUCAAGCAAAGUCAACUCGGACUCAUCAGUUGUAGGUCAUGUAUCUGGGCGUGGCACUGAACUUGGCAUAGGAUUUGAUGACCUUGUUCACAGCCUCCAGGAAGUCCUUCUCUGUGGCAAUCUUCCUGCGAGCUCUGAUGGCGAACAUCCCUGCCUCCGUGCACACGCUGCGGAUCUCGGCACCUGGACAGAGAGAAGCGCGUAAGCUCCUUGAAUCUUUGACGACACCGUGGGGUGGUGAAGAGACCUCACGAAAUGAAAACAAAUUAAUUCAAGUGGGACGGCAUCUCACCAGUGCUGUUGGGGCACAGACGGGCCAGCAGCUCAAAGCGAAUGUCUCUCUCCACACUCAUGGAGCGAGCGUGGAUCUUGAAAAUGUGCGUGCGACCCUGAUGAGCAAAAACAGUCAAAUAACAAAGUCCAGCGCCCAGCAACAUCUGCACAAUCUUACCUCCAGGUCUGGAAGGCUGAACUCAAUCUUCCUGUCCAGGCGACCAGGUCUCAUCAGGGCUGGGUCCAGGGUGUCUGGUCUGUUGGUGGCCAUCAGGACCUUGAUGUUACCUCGAGGGUCAAAGCCAUCCAGCUGGUUGA